GCUAAUGUGGACACCCCUAUUGACAACUCUUAGAAACUAUCUCAACGUCGUAAUCCCUUGCGAUAACUAAUAUCCGUUCUCAACUACUCUACCAAAUACUAUUUCCGGAUAACUCUCAAUAUGUCACAAAAGUAGCAUAAAUUAUACCUAGUGCAUAUCUUACUCAAAGAGGGUUAAGGAUUGAGAGGUGCCUCGAGCGUCCCCAUGAAAAGAUAUUUGACUCCAACCAUCGAGAUCAUAUCAACUUCCCCUGGACAUCAUCUACCAAACCUCAUCUAUAUCAUCAACUGGAUAUCUCAGCAUCAGAAUUUCAAUAAUAUUAAACUCAAAAUUGAAUCGUAUAACAAUUCUUGUAUCUAGGUAGUCACCAUUUAUAACUCACAUUCCACACAAACCAACAACAACCUUCUCCCCUACCACUCAGACAUAAAACUACAAACAUGACAGCCUCCACACGAGCUUCGACGGGCCAUUCCAAGCCACGCGUGCACCUAACCGUGUCCACCGAGCCGGAACGCAAGCGACAAAGCGGCAAUACCACCACCACCACCCAUCGCCACACUGGCGUCAAGAAGCAGACCGGAGCGACAAGAGCCCCAGCUACCCACCAUAAGCGAAAGCCACACCUAAGCGAUAAGAUUGAGGGCGCCGCUGAGAAGUUGGUUGGCAAGAUCACGCGCAGACCGGGAAAGAAGGCUGCGGGGACGCGCAAGAUGCGCGGGACGGACGGGAAGGGCAGCCAUGUUAAGCGGGUGUAAGGUCUAUUGGCUACACAGGUUUUAUUUGUGUUUCGGAAUGAUUUACUGUUCUUGGGUAUUAUGAGCACUAAAGAGUGAGAACUGUGUACGAUAUAUAGUGUCUAAGGGGAUACUCACUGGAUAUACACUACGGGACGCAGGGGAAAUAUGGGUAUGACAAUCUGUUCAUGUCAACGUCGAGAGGAUAAGUUGUCUUCGGGUGGUGCGAAAUACUUGGAUCUGAUGGAAAUGUACUAAAUUAUAUUUCGAUCGAAUGAUUUGUUUCUCAAGAUAUUUACGUUGUGAAUC